AUGCAUUUCUGUUGUAUCGUCAGUCCGAAGGUGGUUCGAGACAGCGUGCCGGAACAAGUAAAGGGCAACAUUCAGUUUUACAACAAGUUCGAUGCCGAAUGGAAGUUUACUUGUCUUGAUUCUAGCGCCACAGAUAUAAUUGGAUAUAUUCCUUUUGAAAUUCUUGGAAUAUCCGGUUACGAUUUCUAUCAUCCAGAUGACCUUCGUCAAAUAGCCGAUGACCAAGAAAAAUUGAUGGCAAACGGUGAGGGGCUGCUUCGGCCAUAUCGGUUUCGUACCAAAGCUGAUCGGUGGGUGCUUUUGCAGACAAACUGUUACAUCUCGACCUGUGGUUCACACGUCGUUCGAUCGAUUGAAUGCGUCAAUCAAGUUUUAAGCGAUGUGAAGGAUAAAGAAGAGCAGCCUCGUGUUUCUCGCAAGUUUAUUUCCCAAACGUCAUACAUGAAUGGUUAUGUAGCUUUUUCAGGCUUCGUCGCACCGGAAGUAACGGCCACUUCUGAGCCGAAGACUUCAAACUACCCGGUUACCCAUGUCAUACAUCCUCAACCCGGUGUUUCCAUCGAGCAUUCCCCUUUGCCAGCCGUUAACUCCAGAAACCCAAUUGACAUCACAAACGAGGAGGAACGGAUGCUGUGUCAGCAGCUAAUGCGGCGCCAGACCAACUUGCAGCACCAGAUUGCACUCUAUCAAGAAGAACUGCGCAACCUGCAAAAUAAACUGAUGAUGUCGAUUCACGAAGGUGGCCUCGACAAUGGCGCAAGCACUGGUGUCGCUCACUCUCUUUCGUCUGGUCCCAGUGUCCCGUUCCCCAUCGUGCAUCGACCGACGGUUGGAGAAAAGACUCUUACCAGCCUCAAAUCUAUAUCUUGGUCUGAUGCGCCAUGCGGCCCACCACGAAGCGAUCCUGGGACACCUCUACCCCAUUAUUCGUCCAUAUGA